CGCUCAGCGUCGCUUCGGGGGCAGAGAUCUCAGUCCAUAAAGGAUGGAGGCCCUUCAGUCUCUCGCUAACAAGUGCAUGGGCUGCAGCCUCGCACAGAUACUAAGCUCCGGCUCCAUACUUCUUGCUACCUGGUUCGCCGUCCGCCUCGCUUACAGGUACACGCUUGCCCGGAGAGAACGUCCGGUUGAUUUCUCGGUGCCCAUUCCACCCGAGCUAUCUCCCAGCUGGCAAGGCAAAACAUGGAGUGAAGUUGGAGACGCGGACAGGGAAAUUCUUGAGGCGCAGUCUUUCGGGAAAUUCGAUCCAUCUAAGAUCCUCAGCUACUGCCCCGCUGAUGGGCGACUCCUUGGCGACGAAAACGGGGUGAAACCAGCCUCACCAGAGAAAAUUGACCUUGCGGUUCGACGAGCCGUUGUUGCCCAGCUGAAAUGGAAACGGACAACUUUCGCCGAGAGGAGAAGAGUGUUGAGGACAUUGCUAACAUACAUUCUCGCACAUCAAGAUGAGAUUGUCACCGCCUGCUGUUUAGAUUCUGGGAAAACAAAGGUGGACGCCUGUUUUGGAGAAAUCCUUGUCACUGCCGAAAAACUGAAAUGGACUAUUGAUCAUGGAGAGGAGUCUCUUCGCACCGACUCCCGGCCUACAAACUUGCUGAUGAUGUACAAGAAGAAUACGGUUCGAUAUGAACCCCUGGGGGUUAUCGCUGGCUGUGUCUCUUGGAAUUAUCCCUUCCACAACUUCAUCUCUCCAGUCAUCAGUGCGAUUUUCGCCGGGAAUUCAAUCAUCGUGAAGCCUUCGGAACAUACAGCGUGGUCAUCCAUGUUCUUCUACAACAUUAUUCGCGAGGCGAUUGUGAGCUGUGGCCAUUCGGAAUAUCUAGUUCAAACCUUGAUGUGUCUACCCCGACAUGCCGACGUGUUGACAUCUCAUCCGAAAGUCAAUCAUAUCAUUUUCAUUGGGUCCCGUCCCGUGGCACAUGAGGUGUGCAAAUCAGCAGCCAAGUCUCUUACCCCUGUGACUGUUGAGCUCGGAGGAAAGGAUCCAGUGAUUGUGCUCGACGAUGACUCCACGCUAAAGGACAUAUCGAGCGUCACAUCAAUCCUUAUGCGAGGUGUUUUUCAGUCGGCGGGCCAAAAUUGCGUCGGCGCGGAGCGGAUCAUUGCUCUUCCUCGUGCCUACAAUAAAAUACUCGAGACCGUCACGCCUCGAAUAAAAGCACUCCGCCUUGGUUCUGUGCUUCUGGAAUCUAGGGAGGACAACAGUGACGCCAGUCACAAACCCCACACUCCUGAUGUGGGAGCUGUUAUUUCUCAAAGAUCCUUCGACCUUCUUGAGGCCCUAAUUUCGGAGGCUGUUGGCCAAGGAGCUAAACUCAUCUGUGGUGGGAAACGAUAUAACCACCCCAAGUAUCCCCACGGCCAUUACUUCACCCCGACUCUCCUUGCGAACGUUACGCGAGAGAUGAGAAUUGCACAAAUGGAACUGUUUGCGCCCGUGUUCCUUCUCAUGCGGGCCACCGAUGUAUCAGAUGCCGUGAGCAUUGCCAAUUCCACGGAAUAUGCCCUUGGAGCGAGUGUUUUUGGACACAACAAACGGGAUGUGGAAUACUGUAUCUCCAAUCUCCAUGCGGGUAUGGUGGCAGUGAAUGAUUUUGCUGUUUAUUAUGCCGUUGGACUGCCAUUCGGUGGGUUGAAAGGCAGCGGAUACGGCCGUUUUGGCGGUGCAGAAGGGCUGAGAAACCUGAGCAAUCUCAAAGCCGUAUGUGUCGAUGGAUGGCCCCUGAUCCAGACAAAGAUACCUCCGACUUUGGAUUACCCGAUUCAAAAGGGCGAAGGUAUUGGAAAGGAUGGCCGCGGUGCAUGGGAGAUGUGUAAAGGGGUCGUGGAAACGGGGUAUCAUCCCUCGCUCGGUGGUAAAGCCAGGGGCAUACAAAAGAUUCUCAAAAAUAUUUGAGGCUUUAUUUUGAAAUCAACUACAAAGACUUUUUACUUCUCCACUUUUGAAGAGUUUAUUUUUGGGACAGAAGCGCCC